AUGGGAGAUUGGGUUUGGUCUCUUACGGAGCAGUACAGAGGUUUCCGAGGGAGAGGCCGAGGUGGAGGGAGAAGUUUCUCUGAUCGUCCGUACAACGACGGAGGAAGAGAUCAAUUCGUCACCGGAGACUCGCAUUUCCAAUCAGUACAUGACGCCAAUCGCGAAUUCCGCCAUGGAAACAGAGUCUCCUCCUCGAAUCUCGAUCCUCGUCGUCCAGGUCAAUGGCAACAAUUUCAUCAACCUAAUCAAUAUCCGCCGUCGAAUCAAAGCUACGCGGCUUGCCCUCCUCCUCCGUUCUAUCAUCAGAACCAGAUCUCUCGGCCGCCUCCGCAGAGGAGCUUUCGUCAACGGCCACGGUCAAAACCGUCGGAUUAUCGAGAAUGGGAAUAUGCAAAAACGGCACCGUCUCCUGGGUCCGAGAAGUUUGUUGUUUUAUCGUAUAACAUUUUGGCGGAUUACCUUGCAAAUGAUCACUGGAGAAGUCUCUACUUUCACAUACCGAGGAAUAUGUUGAGUUGGGGAUGGAGAAAGAGCAAAAUAGUGUUCGAGCUUGGCCUUUGGUCUGCAGAUAUAAUGUGCUUACAGGAAGUUGAUAGAUUUCAGGACUUAGAGGAGGAGUUGAAACCCCGGGGGUAUAGCGGCAUUUGGAAGAUGCGGACUGGUAAUGCUGUUGACGGAUGUGCAAUAUUUUGGCGAUCAAAUAGAUUCAAGUUGGUUCACGAGGAAAGCAUCCAAUUCAAUCAACUUGGUCUCCGGGAUAAUGUUGCUCAGAUAUGUGUGCUUGAGACACUUUCGAAUUCACAAACAAAAGAAAAUGAGGUCUCUCCAUCUGAAAGCUCUUCCCGGCGAGUUGUCAUUUGUAAUAUUCACGUGCUUUUUAAUCCUAAAAGAGGAGACUUUAAACUUGGUCAGGUCAGAACACUCUUACAGAAAGCUCAUGCUGUUUCAAAACUCUGGGAUGAUGCUCCUGUUGUUAUAUGUGGGGAUUUCAAUUGUACACCAAAGAGUCAUUUGUACAACUUUAUUUCGGAGCAGAAGUUGGAUUUGUCUGGUUUGGCCAGAGACAGAAUUUCCGGGCAAGAUUCCGCUACAAUUCGUCCACCAAGACCAGAAAUUUAUACGAUGAGGUUUCAGACCGCCAAUAAAUCUCCACAAGGUCAAGUUCAACCACCAGAUUUAAGCGCAAAUGCUCAUAUGGAGAAUAACUCCAACAUGGAUCUUGGAAAACCCCCCACGAGAAACACAUCUGAGCUUCCAUGUGCUGAUACAGUUGUUACUGGUGACGAAGCCACCUCCAGUUCUGACCGAGUAUUACCAGGUAAAGAUCAAACCUCAGAUUGUAAUUUAGGAAGAGAAAACAGAAAACAUGAUGACUCCGAGGAUCUUUCUUCAGUAACCAGAUCAGAUCCAAAACCUCCUUAUGCUUCCAAUGCUAAAGAGGAUUUGAGAGAAAAACAUUCAGCAAAGCAUUCUCCUGAGGAAAUUGUGUCCAGUGCGCAAAAUAUUUCAUCUAGUCUCUCCGCUGAGGUUGACACUUUGGCUGAGAUGAAACUAGAUGGCUUAACAUUGGACGAACCAGUUGUAUUCGCGCAAGACGAAGAAGAUAUAGGUGAAGACGGGGAAACCUUUUUAGCUAAGCUACACAAUACUGACUUGAGUCAAAAAGAGGAACUUGUGAAUGAAUUUUCACCUAAAUCGGGUUCUAAAGUUUAUAACAGUGAGAAAAUCACAUAUAAUCCGUCCUCUUGGACUCCGAUGGAGAUAGCAACUGCAACAGGUGACCCAGAAAGAACUGCGGUUGAACACGCAAUGAAGCUUAAAAGCACUUACUCGGAAAUUGAGGGUCAAGCAAACACAAGAGAUGAAAACGGAGAACCUGUAGUGACGAGUUAUCACAGAUGUUUCAUGGGGACAGUUGACUACAUAUGGCGGUCGGAAGGUCUCCAAACGGUGCGCGUGCUUGCUCCAAUAACGAAACAAGCAAUGCAGUGGACACCAGGCUUCCCAACUCCAAAAUGGGGAAGCGAUCACAUUGCAUUGGUUUCAGAGUUGGCCUUUUGCAGCAGCAAGGAGUCCAUCUAA